GUCCUGACGGAGCGAUUUGAGCAUGGCUCUAUUAGAGUAAGAGAUCGAGAAGCACGACGCCGGUGGCUGUUGUAUUGCUGGGAGCUUCCCUUAUUUUUAUCUGAAAACUACACUGAAAUAAAUCAAAUAUGUCCGGAAGGGAAGGUGGUAAAAAGAAGCCUCUGAAGGCCCCAAAGAAAGCAUCGAAGGAUAUGGACGAGGACGAAAUGGCUUUCAAACAGAAGCAGAAGGAGGAGCAGAAGGCGAUGGAAGCAUUGAAGGCCAAAGCUUCAGGGAAAGGACCUUUGACCGCCGGUGGCAUUAAGAAAUCAGGAAAGAAGUGAACUCUGGAUGUUUUUUUCCCUCACUGUGUAACUUGUCCUCCUCAUCAAAUGACCCCUAACGAAGCAAGACGUGUGACCAAACACUGCAAAUGAGAAAAGUCACAUCAUUCAGUUCAUAUCCGGUGUAGUUUUAUUGUAAAGAGAAUGGAAUAAUAAAGAUUUUUUGUAAUUA